GUGAGUGUGUUGUGAAGCCACUGUCGAUUGCACGUUGGGACCACACGAAGUUGCGACCACGUUAAAGGACGGCAGAAAAUUGUGCUACCAGUAAUCAUAAAGUUUUGACUACAUUCCUCGUGAUUCUGCUCGAAGGCAGAAGAUCACAUUUAAACAAACAACUCCUGAACUUUUUGUUGAUAUCAUGAGCUACAAUUUAAACAACUAUCAUUCAUUUCCUGCACCCGGAUCAGGGUUCAUUACAAGUGAUAUUACAGAAGUAGCAGCAGGGACACCAAGCAUCCUGAGGCACGCAUUAGGCACAAGGUUUGAGAACUUCUCGACUUUCAGUGCCUGGACUGUGAGGGGAUUGACAACUUUGCCUGCAGGAACAACCAGUGUUGAGUCCAUCCCAUUCGCCCACCAGAAUGGCAGCGAGUGGUGCAUGGUCCUUACUAAGAAUUCAGAUUGGCUUUGCCUAAGUUUUAAGCUGAAAAAGUGUGAAACUGACAGGUCUUUAAGAGCAAUGCUAAAAGCUUAUGAGAUUAUUCCUUUUGGUGUAAAACGAGAAGUAUACACAAGCAUUUGGUGUUCUCUGUCAAAAGGAGAAAAAUCUGAAUCGAAGGUCAUCAGAAAUUUGAAUACAGCAAAAAAUGAAGACGAGAUAAUAUUGCAGUGUGAAAUCUGCAUCCAGUGCAUUAUUCAGGACAAACUGCCUGUAGCAGAUGCAGUGGAGCCACACAUUGGUGUAAUGAAAGGCUUAGGCAAGAUGUUUGACGAGGAAGUACUGACAGACUUCGAUCUACACGCAGGCGACACUGUUCUGAAGGCACACAGGGCCCUCCUGUCGGUACGGAGUCCUUACUUCGCUGCCAUGCUGCAGCCACACACGAAGGAAGCGAAGGAAGGUCGCGUGGAGUUGUCUGAUGUGAAGCCGGAAGUACUGAAGCAGGUUUUGCUUUACUUGUACACAGGUGUGGCACCAGCUCUCAAGGACAUGCCGUGGGACUUACUGAUUGCUGCUGACAUGUACCAACUUCAUCAGCUGAAGGGCCAAUGUGAGAAUCACAUCGCCAGCUGUUUGUCUGUGGACAAUGCUGCAGAAACUGCUGCCAAUGCCAAAAAAUUCUCUUGUGGUGUACUGCUAGACCAUGCAGUCCUUUACAUCACACAUAACCUCUGCAAGGUGAUAGACACUCCUGGAUGGGACAAUAUUCUAACUACAAAUCCAGACGUUGUAAAGUAUAUUAGCAAGAUGAUGGACUGAUUCAGUGAGAGGAAACCACAGAACUAGAAGAGGACAGGCAGAAGUAGCAGAAUACGGACUGGAUAAAGAAAUGUCUGCAUGUAAGAUCUGCCUU